AUGGCAAAAUGCUUGGUCAAGAUCAGGACUCAACGAAGCCUCCAUCUGCACAUGAUGAAUCACUGCAACAGUAAUGUGUUUGUCCGUCUACUGAAACAUGGCUCCAAGGUCAUACCUCGAAAUGCUGGUACGCCAUUGCCUAAAGUGGAUGUUUCUGAGCCUCUGGUUGCCAGCUCAUCAGUGAAGAGAGCACAGUGUGCUGCAGAUCCUCCAAGUGAAGAGAAAGAUAAAAAAGUAAAAGAAGACCCAUUGACCAUUUCUGAACCAGCAUACAAUUCCAGCACCAGCCUGCUCCCUACCCCAGUGAAUGAUGAUGAAGUCGAUGUGCUCUUUGACUGUCCAUCUAGGCUGGAGUUAGAAAGAGAAGACACAGAUUCAUUUGAGGAACUGGAGGCAGAUGAACAUGCCUUUUUGAUGGCUGAAGAGGAGGAGCUGAAGGAAGCUCAUCAAGCUUUGUCAUGGAGCUAUUCCAUCCUGACUGGCUGUAUCUGGGUCAGUCCUCAGUUAAAGCAUUGUUCCAGGCUCCUGGUGGUGGGCCUAGGACUGCUGCUGUUUGUAUUUCCCCUGAUCCUUCUCCUUUUGGAGUCAGGUAUUGAUCUCUCCCUCUUGUGCAGAAACGAGAAUUUGAGCAGUUUCACUAGGAAUACUACUGUUUCCGAAAGGAGUGGAUGGCUGGGAAGAUAA